CAUACUUCUACAUACCCUGCCUUGUCUGAUGAGGCAUACAUCUGCCAGGACCUCUAACUCUUUCCUUGAAACCUUAAGGAAACCUUAAGUAGAUCAUCUUCCAACUUGUCAUUCUUGGAUUACCUCAUUGGAUAAAGAAGCACUACCUUUUGUGACACUUCUUAACCAUUGUCUUUCCUUUGAGUUGGCUCAAAUUGAGUUACUCCUUUUUUUUCCACAAUGUUAGCUCACAUAUUUUUAUUUUAAUUAUGUUUCCCAUGUCCUCUGAUCAACUAAGUGAACAGCACCCCUGAAUACAUGCUAACUCCAACCAAAGUGACCUGUUCCAGACAUGUCAGCAUGAAAAGUGGUUGUAAAAAUGAUGAUGAUGAUGAUGUGAAUGUAAAAAAAAUUCUGGCUGUUCUCAUUACACAUCACAUAGUAAAGUUCAAUGUGAACAAGAAAGGUCUAAUUGAGUAUAACAUUAGCAUUAAAGCAAUUUUAUCUCGAGUACGCUUCCCUAUUUAUAUCUGCACUUCAAAAACCCUUUAUGGAGAUGCUGCUGAACUCUUGGUUGAAGAACUUCUGCAGAGAGGUGAAGCUACCAUGGAAACUGUUGUCAACAAAGUAACAGAACGGCUAAAUGAUGCAUUGGAGGCCUCAGGUCAUCCAAAAAUUUCAUCAACUUUAGUAAAAGAUAAAUUUGUAAGCCUUGUUCAAACACACUUCAUUCAGCGAUGUUUGACACCAAUGAGGGAUAGCGGGGGUCGUGUUAUCUCCCUUGGUACACCUGAUGACCCCGACAUUUGCCAUGUAAUUCCAGUUAAUACCCAAAGAAGGAGAUCAGAUAGUCCUCCAUCUGCUAAAGCAAUGAAGAUCUCUGAGAACAACACUGAUACAGUUUACUGGCAAGUUGACUUUGACCGUUUCCAUCAGCACUUCCGUGACCAAGCCAUCAUUUCUGCUAUGCUGAACAAAAUUGAUAAGAAAGCUUCUGAAAUAAUCCGCACCAUGCUUCGGGUUAGUGAGACUAACACUGCUGCUGAUUCCCUUGUUACCACACCAAUCUCCAUUAAUGAGAUAUUCAUCAAUCUUCCUAAGGAACUUGAAAUUACAAAACCCAUCCUUGAGCAGUACCUCUCUGUCAUGUGUGAUGAUUCCCAGUUUGUGUUUAAAGCUGCAGACGCUGGCGGAGGAAUGUAUGAAAUAAAUAUUCAUAAAUCUUUGACAGAACUCUGUAAAAGUCAUAUUGAAUCAGUUGUUCAAGAAAGGUUUGGCUCUAAAAGUCUUCGGAUAUUCAGGAUACUCUUACUGAAACAACAUCUAGAACAAAAACAGAUUGAAGAAUAUGCCAUGAUUCCUGCCAAAGAAGUCAAAGAAAUUAUGUAUAAUAUGUUUGCUGAUGGUUUUCUAUUUGUCACGGAAGUUUCCAAAGCGCCUGAUCAUGCACCAUCCCGAACAUUUUUCUUGUUUCGAGUUGAAAUCCAACGAGUAGCAAGGAUGUUACUGAAGCGCUGUUACCAGGCUAUAGCCAAUGCCAUGCUAAGGAGGGAACAUGAAGUGAAGGAACACAGGCGACUUCUUGAUAAACAGCAAAGAGUUGAAGCAAUUAUUGCAUCCCUUGACCAAAAUGGUGUUGAUGAAUCUCAGAAAGAGGAAGUAGAACAAACUAUCACUCCAGCUGAACGAAACCAACUUGCCAAAGUAAAACAGGAUAUAAACAAAUUGGAUCAGUGUGAAAUUCAGUUGGAUUCCACUAUGUUUCUGUUGGAAAACUACUUACAUUACAGCAAAAUAAAUAGCCAGUUGAGCUGAAAGUAUCUUUUAAUAAAUUUAUGUACAAAGCAUUUUUUAUAAAUUAUGAAAGGAGCAGUGUGAUGUUGAUGACGAUGACAAACUUUUAAUAAAUAAAAAAAUUAUAUAUAGAAAUAUAACAAGAA